AUGGUCAGCGCCAAGAAGAAAACGUCAAAGGUUGCAGAAGAUUCCCCCGCUGCAGAGGUUGCAGAAGAUUCUCCCGCUGCAGAGGAUGCAGCAGCUACGGAAGAAAAAACGCCAGUCGCUGCAGAAGCAGCAGAAUCCGCCGGUGACGGGGAAUCGGCGGCGGAAGCUAAGGCUUCCGCCGAUGAAGGGGAAAAGGCGGAAGGCGAAGAGGCGAAAUCAGCUCCCGCAGCAGAGGAAGCGGCGAAGGACGAGAACGAGGGAGAGGGGGAGGAUACCACCGGAGCUGACGCUGCUGCUGCUGGGGAUGGGGAGGACCCCCCUCCGGGAAGUCAGCUGGAGCAAGAUAUCAUCAAGGCGGAGAAGAAAGCGGGAGACAUCUUCCCUGCUGGAGCGUGCAAGAAGGAAAUCAAGUCGUUCUGCGAGGGCGUGGACGUGGGCAACAGGAGUCUGGAGCGCUGCCUCUCUGACAGCUUCAAGCUCACCAAGGCUGCUGACGCUGCUUCGGCCGAUAAGAAGUUUGGCAAGAAGUGCCUCAAGGCCAUCCGACGGUUCAAGAUCGAGGUGUACAAGGACAUUUCGAUCGACAAGGAGAUGAUGGAGGUGUGCAAGGACGACAUCUCAUCGCUCUGUGAUGAUGACUUCCUCUACCCCGAAGUCGGCAGUGUCCUCGCCUGUCUCAGGGAGGCCAAGUCGGGUGGCAAGAUAUCGGAGGCGUGUGGGCAGAAGGUGUUUGAGGCGCAGCAGGACGCGGCCAACGACUUUGCCUUGGAUCCCCAGCUGAACGAGACGUGCUCUGGGGACGUGCAGCGGCUGUGCGCUGAUGUGCCGACCGGGGAGGGGCGCGUGCAGGACUGUCUGAGGGACCACAGGAACAGCCUCAACUGGGAGUGUCUGGCGGAGCUGUUCCGGCAGGAGAUAGAGAGCUCAGAGGACAUUCGCCUCAACACUCGCCUCUUCAAAGCCUGCCUGGAGGACAAGCGCCGAUUCUGCCCCGACGUGCUGCCAGGGGAUGCGCGAGUGAAGGACUGCCUGGAGUCGCAUCUGCACGACUCUGACUUCUCCAAGACCUGCAAGGUGGAGUUUGAGCACAUGAUGGAGCGCAGGGCGUCGGACUUCCGUCUGGACUUCAACCUGCGCAAGUACUGCGCUGAGGAUAUCAGCACGACGUGCUACCAAGACGCAGAGGAUGUGGUGGACGUGGCCAACAGAGACGCCAAGGUGAUCGAGUGCCUGCAGGACUACCGGGGGGAGCUCAAGGACCCGCGGUGCCGGCAGCAGGUGCACCAGCUGACUAAGAGAGCAUCAGAAGACAUUCGCUUCAACAGGCCUCUUGCCCAGGCGUGCAAGGACGACUCCGCCAAGCUGUGCAAGGACGUGCCGCCCGGCCAUGCGCGCGUGCUGCUGUGCCUGCAGGAGCACCGGAAGGGCCUCACAGCCAACUGCAAGGAGGCGCUCUUCCAGGAGGAGGUGCGGUUUGCAGAGGACAUUGACUUCAAGUUCCCCCUCAGGCAGGCGUGCACCGACGAGAUGAAGAUUCUGUGCAAAGACCAGCCGGACGUGAUCAAGUGUCUGCAAGACAAGGUGGAGGACGCGGACAUGGGCGUAUUGUGCAAGGAGGAGGUGAAGAAGGAUAUGAAGCGCGCAGCAGAGGACUAUCGUCUCAACUUCCGGCUGAACAAGGAGUGCUUCGUUGAUGUCGAGCGUCUGUGCCUGCACUCGUGCGACGCUGCCUUGGAAACUGGCGGCACGGAGACCGGGGUGACGUGUGGGGGGGCGACCCUCAAGUGCCUGACAGAGAACGAGAGGAAACUGUCUUCUAAAACGUGCCGGCAGGAGCUGUUUUACUUCAAGAAAAGGAUGGUCGCUGAUAUCUCGCUCGAUAUCCCCUUGCAGAUGGCGUGCAAGAAUGAUGUGGAGAAGAAGUGUGGCGGCGAGAGGGACCACUCCAAGGCGCUGGCGUGCCUGCGGGCCAAGAGGGACGAACUGACAGAGGAGUGCAAGGAGGAGGAGCUGCGGUUGAGUGAGAUGGAGGCGUCUGACAUCCGUCUCACCCCCACGCUCAUGAACGCGUGUGGCCUGGAGCUCAACCAUUUCUGCCGCGGCGUGCACCCCACGACUGGGCUGGCCUUCCGCUGCCUGCAGAUGAGCAUCAACGAGGAUAAUGGGGUAGCAAGAUAUCCUUGUGCAGUGCGGUUGAAAGUGACGGUGUGGCCCUGGCAAACCCCCCGCCCCCCUUCUCUCCCAUCCCCCCCCCACCAAGGCAGAAGUCGACCUCCAAACCUUCCGCCACGCCUCUUACUACAAGCUGGACUCGGGGCGCUGCCAGAGCAGUGCGAGGGGACUCCCCUUCCCCUUCUUCUUGUCAACCCCACUCUUCUCCUCUACCCCUCCCCACCACCUCACCAGGUGGGCAUGUCAGUGGCGUGCAAGGCAGAGGUGGACCUCCAGACGUUCCGCCACGCGUCUUACUACAAGCUGGAUUCCGCCCUGGCAGAGCAGUGCGAGGGGGAUGUGGACUCCUUUUGCAAGGGCGUGGACGAGGGCAAGGAGGCGCACUCCCUCGUGCUGCAGUGCCUCGUGCAGCACCAGGAAAACCUCUCUGGAAAAUGCCUGACUGAAACCGCCUACGCCGUGCGAAUGGCUCUUUGGAUGUAUCAUAAGGAUGCGGAUCUGGUCAAGCCGUGCAACCCUGUGGUGGAGGAGCUUUGCGGGAAUCGGACGGGGGUGGUUGCGGGGGAGGGAGCGGGGAAGGCGGGGGCGGCGGCGGCGGUGGGGGUGGUGGGGCAGUGUUUGCUGGAGCAGCCGAAGGAGAAGCUUGGGGAGGAGUGUGGGCGGCUGGUGGGGCUGAUUGGGCAGCCGGGCGGGCAUGUGGGCGGGGUGAUUGACACGAGCCAGCUGGAAGAGACUCUUGCACAACUCGCACAGGUACAGUUGAAGCAUGAGGUUGACGCAGAGACCGAGGGCGAGGGAGGGGGAGGAGGGAAGCUGGUGCUGACUGGCGCUACAGCCUUUGCGGCGGUUACCGCACUCACUGCGGUGCUGCUGGGUGCUGCUUACCUGGUGUAUCGCAAGUGCUUCGACCCCACCAGGAACUACACUCUCAUGGUCAAGGCUGGAGAUGUUUGA